CAUGUUCAAGUAUGACUCCACUCACGGCCCUUUCAAGGGAGAUGUGAAGACUGAGGGUGGCAAGCUGGUCAUCAAUGGAAAAGCAGUGGCCGUCUUUCAGGAGCGUGACCCAGCCAACAUCAAAUGGGGCGAUGCUGGAGCUGUCUAUGUAGUGGAAUCCACUGGCGUGUUCACCACCAUGGAGAAAGCUUCUACUCACCUGAAGGGUGGGGCUAUGCAUGUUAUCAUCUCCGUCCCCAGUGCCAACGCCCCCAUGUUUGUGGUCGGUGUCAAUCACGAGACGUACGACAAGUCGCUCAAGAUUGUCAGCAAUGCCUCUUGCACCACUAACUGCCUGGCUCCCCUGGCUAAAGUGAUCAAUGACAAUUUCACCAUUGUUGAGGGUCUCAUGACCACAGUCCACGCCUACACAGCCACCCAGAAGACCGUGGACGGCCCCUCCGGUAAGCUGCGGAGAGACAGCAGAGGCGCACACCAGAACAUCAUUCCAGCCAGCACUGGCGCUGCCAAUGCUGUGUCCAAGAUCAUCCAUGAGCUCAACGGCAAGCUGACUGGAAUGGCUUUCCGUGUUCCCACUCCCAACGUUGUGUUGUUGUUGUGUAUCUGA